AUGUACUCAAGGUUCUUAGACUCGUUUGCAUCUUUGAAUGUGAACAUACCAUUCAUUAAAGUCAUUCAGCAAAUGCCAGCAUUCAUCAAGUAUAUGAAGGAACUACUUCCCAAGAAGAGCUCACUCAAGGGGGGCCAGACUAUAGUGAUGAACAGGGAUUGCAGCACCCUCAUUCAAACACAAUUACCUGCGAAAAGAAAAGACCCAGGGAGUUUUCAUGUCCCUUGUGCUAUAGGGGAAGCAAAUUUUGAUAGAGCACUUUGCGAUUUGGGAGCAAGCAUCAACUUAAUACCCCUAUCCCUGGUAAAAAGGCUGCAGAUCAAUGAGAUACUACCUACAGAUGUAGUCAUAAGGCUGGCUGACAAGACUCAAAAGCAAGCAGUAGGAAUGGUGGAAAACAUGUUGCUCAAAGUUGGAAAAUACUUUCUCCCAACAGACUUUGUCAUCCUGGACAUGGAAGAGAGUCACCUGCACCCAAUCAUAUUGGGGAGACCAUUUCUAGCUACUGCUAGAGCACUCAUAGAUGUGGAGAAAGGAGAGCUAAUAUUAAGGAUCCAUGAUGAACAACUGAGCUUCAGUGUUUUCGAACUCUCACUGGAAAAAGAUGAAGAGGAUAAAGAACCGAGCAAAGGGCAUCAUGAGAUACUAAAGGAAGAAGCAAGCACUGAAGCACAACCAGCUCAUCCUGAGAUUCACUGGGUUGAUGGACAAGGCCAGCAGCAAGUGCCACAGGUCAAGGAAAAAUUGGAGGAACCUAAGCCACCAGAAGUUUGUGAGGACAUUAACAAAAGCUCAUCAAAGAAGGUGGCCACCAGGAGUAAGAAAACAGCACCAGGGGCAAAGAAGAAGGUACCAAGGGGGUGGCGGAACAAGAAGAUUCCUACGGAAGAUUUCUCUCCAGGGGAUAAAGUAAUCUCAGCCUACUUCACAGAUAUCCCCCCUAAUCUCCCCACUGUACCAUCUCAGCUACCUAAGGUCUUCACCAUCAACAGAGUUCUCUCCUUGGAGAAUGUAGAGAUCAUUAAUACAACCAAUGGAUACAAGUCCACUGCCAGAGGAGAAGACUUCAAGCAUUACCAACCACCAUAA